AUGUACACCUCCUUCCUCCGAGGAGCGCAGAACCUGAAGAGACUCGGCUCUUGGGUUGUUGUCACGGUGCGUGAUGGGAGAGCUCUGCUGCCUGCUAGGGAUCUGACGGAUCGCGUUCGGCCGUGGUCGGUGCAGGGAGCCACGGACGGUAUCGGCAAGGCGCUGGCGAUGGAGGCGGCAAAGAAGGGGAUGAACGUCGUGAUUAUCUCCAGGACCAUGAGCAAGUUGCAAGAGGUGGAGAAGGAGAUCACAGAGAAGAGCAAGGUCAAGGUGAUCUCGAUCGCCUUCGACUUCUCCAGCGCCUCCUCCAACGACUAUGCUUCGCUCAAGACAAAGUUGACGGGGCUCGAGGUCAGGGGUGGAAUCGCCGUCCUGUACAACAAUGUCGGAGUUUCUUAUGAGCACGCGGAGUACUUCACGGAUGUGAGCGAGGAGAGGAUCGCUUCGAUCCUUGAAGUUAACAAUGCUUCCAUGCUGAAGAUGACCAGAAUGGUCCUUCCCGAGAUGCAGAGCAGGAAGAAGGGCGUCGUUGUGAACGUGGGAUCAUUCGAAGGGAACAUUAACGCUCCUUUCUAUGCAGUUUACGGCGCCUCCAAGGCGUUCGUCGAGUCCUUCAGCAAGUCCAUGAACGUGGAGCUGAGAGGGACUGGAGUGUGUGUGCAGAAUCACGUCCCUCACUAUGUGGCCACGAAGAUGGCGAUCCCCAACGAGAAGAGAAGGAAGGGAAGCUUCAUGACGCCAUGGCCGAACCAGUGGGCCAAGGCCUCGCUCGCUUGCGUCGGAUAUGAAUCUUACUGCACUCCCUACUGGCCCCAUGCCCUCCAGGUGCUUCAUCCUGACCUUUGUCUUAUGUCUUCGCUACUUCCUAUCUCCUCCUCCUCCUCCUAA